AUGGCGUUCCUGAUUAACCUCAAGCGUCAAGCCAUUAACAGCAACAAGUUAGUUGGCGAUUUGGCUAUGGGUGCUAGUUACCAAAUAUUGGCUAUGAGCGUGGUGGACACCAAAUAUGAGAAAUCAACAGCGUGCAAGCUGACUGAUAGUGCCUCGGAGGGCACUAUCAAUAUAUUCUUAUCGAGGCAUAUUCAGAUAACCUCCGAUGAGGUUAAAAAUUAUAAUGAGGGACGUGUGCCCCCUAUAUCUCUUAUAUAUAGGGGAAAAGAUAAUGCAAGAUUUAUUAUAGACUUCGAAUGA